CCUUCUCACCUCCCCAGCCGCACGUUCAAGCGCCUUCGAAACGGCCGUCCAACGGAUCAAGAAGUCCACCAGAAUACUCUCCAGAUCCUCUACCAGGCCCAGCAGCAGCAGCAGCAGCAGCAGCCACAUCACGUCUUCUCCCCCCCUUCUACGACCGUACCCAUACCCUCUAUGCCCUCUACGCCGACCUCCCAGUCGUCGCCAGCUCAGAAACAGCCAUCGCUUCACAGUUUCUGGCGGAUCUCUACUCCACAGCCGUCCCAGUCUCCAUCACCUUGCUGCGCUCCGUCCACCGCCUCGUGUCCGUCGGUAGACGCAGCCGCCCGCCCGAUGGCCUGCGAAGACUGUGGGGUGGGCCUGGGCGAGGAGGAUCCCAUGAUGGACGAUGGCUACGGUUUCGAGACAUACAUCAACACCUGCAGUGCGUGCUCGAGGGCUGUGUGCUUCUCCUGUUCCGUCAGUAACCUGGGCGAGCAGCGGCGCUGUCUGUUGUGUGCAGGCAGGGAGGGUGUGGCUACGCAGAAGAACAAGAAGUGG